AUGGCCACAUUGGGAGCAGCAGAUUACGUGGUGAUCGUGUUAACGAUGCUAAUUAGUGCAGGAAUCGGUAUAUACUACUGGAGAACAGGUGGAAAACAAAAGUCUACGGAAGAAUAUUUCGUGGCUAACAGAUCGAUGCAAGUGGCACCGGUUGCGAUUGCCUUAACGGUCUCGUACCUAUCCGCGGUCAGUUUACUGGGAGUGAGUUCAGAAAAUUACGUUUAUGGUACUCAGUAUGCUGUGAUUUUUAUUGGAUAUGGACUUGCUACCCCCAUGGUCGCAUACUUUUAUAUGCCGGUGUUCUUCAAGCUUAAAACGGCCAGUGCUUUUGAGUAUUUGCAACAACGUUUCGGAAGAGCCGCAAGAUUAGCAGGCAGCUUUGCUUUCCUGCUUCAACUGCUUCUGUACAGCGGUGUCGUAUUGUACGCACCGGCGCUAGCCCUGGAAGCCACCACAGGUAUCUCGACGACCGCAAGCGUAAUCCUCAUAGGAUUGGUCUGCACGUUUUAUUCGACGAUCGGCGGUAUCAAGGCGGUGCUCAUCACCGAUGUAUUCCAAAGCGCGUUGAUGCUGAUUUCCGUUAUCAUGAUUAUCGUCACGGAAGCUGUCGACGUCGGUGGUUUAGAUAAAAUCUGGGAGAUCGCGCGGAGAGGUUCGAGGAUUGAAUUUGACAACAUUUCAAUGGACCCAACGGUACGACACACCUGGUGGAGCUUGACAUUUGGCGGUUUCUUCACCUACCUCUCCUUGUUUGGCACUAACCAAGUUCAAGUUCAGAGAAUGUUAACCAUCAGAGAUCCGAGAGAUGCGAGGACCGCGAUCUGGUGGAGUUGGCCAUUGUCGUCGCUCAUGUCUCUGGGCCUUUGUUUCUGCGGGCUGGCGAUAUACGCGGAAUAUCGUGAUUGCGACCCCCUCAAGAACGGAAGGAUCACCUCGUACGAUCAAUUAAUGCCGCUCUACGUGAUGGACAUGCUCUCCGCGUAUCCAGGUAUACCCGGCCUCUUUAUAGCCGGCAUCUUCAGCGCCGGACUGAGCACCAUCUCCGCCACGGUGAAUUCCCUCGCGGCCGUUAUACUCGAAGAUUUUAUCAGGCCGCUGUGCCGUACAAGAGGAAAGGAGAUCACGACGACGGGAUCGAUCAUAAUCAGUAAAGUCCUGGGCGUGAUAGUCGGUGCGAGUUGCAUAGCGUUGGCUUUCAUGUCACGACACCUCGGUGCACUGCUUCAAGCCGCGCUGACGAUUUUCGGUGUGGUUGGCGGUCCUGUCUUUGGUCUGUUCACGCUCGGUAUGUUCACGCAAACGGGCAAUCAGAAAGGAGCGAUAAUUGGUCUGUUGACCAGUCUAAUUUUCUCUCUGUGGAUCGGAUUCGGUCAACCGAAGCCACCGAUCCCGAACAAACUGCACGCCACCUCGUGCGAGUACAAUGUCACCGUGUAUCACGAUUACGAGGAAUCGUCGCAUUUCGCGAACGGCCAGACUAACGAUGACUCAUACUUUUAUCUCUACCGCAUUUCGUACAUGUGGUACUGCCCGAUCGGAUCGGUACUCAGCUUCGCUGUCGGAUGGGUCGCCAGCUGGAUCUGCGAGCGUAUCUCAGGGAAAGAAAGGAAACAGUUGCAUCCUGAUCUUUUCACGCCUAUUUUGGCUGCAAGGUUGAGGAAACGAGAGAAGAAAGUGGAGGAGUUUCAGAGCAGUGCGACGUUAGACUCUAUCUUCUGAUUGAGAGGACUAUUUGUGUGAAGGUAUACCAUCCUUGAUAUACUUGAUAUCCUUGAGGAAUCGAAAUUUAAAAUAGAACAGAAGAAG